GAGCAUUCCGUUGCGUGACUAUAAAUUCGUUUCUUUAUUUACGGAAUUCUUCGUUAAAACAACACAAAAAAGAUUAAAAUCAAUACAGUUGCCAAAAAAUGCUCUCUAUAAUCGGUUUUGGUGAUGCUUUUUUACGUUUUUUCAGUUAAAAAAAUAUAAAUUUCUGAAUAAUAGAUAUAAAAACAAACAUAACAGUAUUGAAGAUUGCAUGGCAGUAGUGAGAGAAAUUUGGGUGGCGUUGUAAUGACAGAAACUGGGCAAAAGGUUAUUUAUUAAAAAAUGGAUCAACAAUUCUGUCUACGAUGGAACAACCAUCCAACAAAUCUUACAGACGUACUAAGUAGUUUAUUACAAAGAGGAGCAUUGUGCGAUGUGACUUUAGCAUGUGAUGGAGAAACAUUCAAAGCUCACCAAAACAUUUUGUCUGCAUGUAGUCCGUACUUUGAAACGAUAUUUGUUCAAAAUUCACACCCACAUCCAAUUGUGUUUCUCAAAGAUGUCAAUUACAACGAAAUGAAAGCACUGCUAGAUUUUAUGUAUAAGGGCGAGGUGAAUGUUUCGCAGAAACUGCUGCCCAUGUUCCUAAAAACUGCUGAGGCCCUGCAAAUCAGGGGGCUCACGGAUAGCAACUCUCUGACAAGAAACGAUGAUUUAAUGGAUAAGGAACAAGAUUCUCCCCCUAGUGAAAAAAGAAAACGGAAAUCCUCCUCUAACUGUGAUAACUCAAUCUCAGACAGAUAUAAUGACCCUAUGAAUCCUCAAGGCAAUUACAAGGGAGCUACUGUGCCCAGGUUAAAUCCCAUAUCGCCGGUCGAUAGGGACAAUUUAGGGCCAGAGGAUAUGAGAGUGUCCUCCCCACAAAUCAAACAGGAACCUACAUCAGACCCAAACACAAUUGACUCCUUCCAUUCUAUGUCAGAAGCACUACAAACUGGCGGAAGUGUCAGUGUCCACCCGGAAGAUUUAAAACUAAUGGGGGGACACAACAUGGCGGAUCUACCAGAAACUGACUUACCACCUAUACCACCUCCGGAGGCAACUGACACUAUAGACGGGGACAAUGAGGAUGAUUUUAGAGAUGUCAGGACGUGUAUACACACUCAUCAUAUUUUAAUAAAUCCAGCUGCAUUUAGAAGUAAUUCUAGCUUAAAUACAAGCGUAAAUUUGUUAAAUCCAUUCGCUAAAAGUGUCAGCCAAAAAUCGUUAAAUCAAUCCGAAAGAAUGGAAGAAGUACCGGAAGUAAACGGAACUUCAACACCCGAUUCUUCCAUUUUGGAAGCAAAUACAACAAGAGAGGCGCAAGAGACUAAUACAACUGCUGAUUCUUUAUUAGAAGAAGAUAAAGCUGUUCAACACAAAAAACAUGUUUCCAAAGUCGCUAAAAAGGCCAAACAAAACGUUCAGGAUCGUGGACAUGAUGCUGAACGUGUGAAUGAUUUACCGCGUGGCCGUAAUAAACGACGCGUUCAAUAUGAAAAACCUGGCUUCGACGAUUGGCUUCGGGCUGAAAUUCGUAAGAAUCAGCAAUACGCAGAUUCGUCAGACUCGGACGCUAGUGAAUGUAUAUCAUCAAAAAGGUUAAAAAGAAAACCUGAUGCUGUUAUAAACCUGGAAAGUGACAGCAAUUCAUCCGUCUCAAAUGCAGCAUCGAGAAAAUCAACUUCUAGCAGAAGGAGCAUUGAUGACAAAGCUCAGCAACCUUCUACAUCUGCCAGAAGCCCAACAUGUGAUGAGGAUGUAGGUCAAGAACCUGCAAAAUUAUCUACUGUAGUAGAAAUUGAUGAUGAAGAUGUGAUCCCUGAAUCUCCAAUAGGUAGAAGAACUCGAUAUUCGCUAAAAGAAGCGCAACCUACACCCUCAAAUAAUACUUCACUAACGGAAAUUGACGAUGACGAUGACGAUGAUAAUGAUGAUGAUGAUGAAUAUGUAAUACCAAUAGCUGAUGAAAACGAAUCCACAGAUGAAGAAGUUUGUACACCCGCAAAUGAAAUAAGAUUAAACCUAGAAGGCAAAGAUUUGGCAGCUGGAAUAAGAUUCGGUUCAAAAUUUUGCGUUCUUUGUCGUAAAAUCAUACCUUACGCUUUCAAGGAUCAUUUCCUUGAACACGUUAAUAAAAAAGAAAGGCCCGUAAAAAAAAAGUAACUUGUUAUUAAUUAUUUUUUUGUAUAAAGCAAUCAUAAUUCACCGUAGAAGAUUUUGGAUGAAGUGGUAUUUAUAUUUACUAUUGAUCUCAAAAUCCAUUUUAUUAUUGUGAAUGUAUCAUGUUUUCUUCUAUUAUUAUACUAUUUUAUAAAUAUUUUCUUGUUAAUAAUUUUGAUUCUUUUCAAAUUGUGUAGUUUUUAUAAAUUAAUUAUAAUACAUUUUGAAUA